AUGAGUACAGCUUCCAAGACACAAAAGGUUGUAUUGAUCAGUGGUGAAGGUGAAAGGUUUACUGUCGAACGUAGCGUGGCGGAACGUUCUUUACUAUUGAAAAAUUACUUAAAUGAUAUGCAUGAUAACGAUUUGAAUAAUGAGUCCGAUGAGGAUGAGGAUGCGGAUGAUGAUGAUGAUGAUGAUGAUGAUGAAAUUGUGAUGCCAGUGCCAAACGUUAGAUCUUCGGUCUUACAGAAGGUCAUCGAAUGGGCGGAUCACCAUAAGGAUUCCAACUUCCCCGACGAAGAUGACGAUGACUCCAGGAAAUCUGCUCCUGUGGACUCCUGGGAUCGUGAAUUCUUGAAAGUCGACCAAGAAAUGUUAUAUGAGAUUAUACUAGCUGCAAACUAUCUGAAUAUAAAGCCUCUGUUAGACGCUGGCUGCAAAGUGGUCGCCGAAAUGAUCAGAGGUCGGUCCCCGGAAGAGAUUAGAAGAACGUUCAAUAUAGUCAACGACUUCACACCAGAAGAAGAAGCAGCAAUCAGACGUGAGAACGAAUGGGCUGAAGACAGGUGA